AUCAUCCAUCAUCUUUGCACAAUAUAUUAUUAUUAUUAUUAUAUAUUAUUAUUAUUAUUAUUAUUAUUACUAUCAAGCAAAGUCCCAAAGGCCCUUUGCAUACAAUGAGGGGCAAAAUGAAGCCUUUGCUCCACCUCUUCCUUUUCCUCUUGUUCAUCUCUUUGAUCCUCACUCAAGGAUGUGUAGCUCUGAGAAACAAUGAGUAUUCACAAAUGGUGCUUCAAAAGGAGAUUAUGAGGAAGGAGAUGAUGAUGUAUGAUGAUGAUGAUGAUGAGAAGUUUGUGAAGAAGAGGAUGGACUUUGAAACACAUGACUAUCCUGGAUCUGGAGCUAAUAACAGGCAUGAUCCAAGAGGUCCUGGAAGAGAUUGAAUGGAUUAUUAGCAAGAAAUUAAGCUUCUAUAGAUUGUUAAUUACUAUACUAAUUAUGAUGAUUAAUGGGAUAUGGGAUUGAGUUUACUAGAGUUUUAUAUCAUGUAAUGGUUAUUCAUAUAUAUAUAUAUA